CAAAGAUGCCAUCAGGAGAGGGAAAAAGUGACAUGGAGCGUCUGGGUGUCUUUAAAGAGAUGAGCUACAUCUCUAUAGGAGACAAGUACACUUCACCCACCAACCGUCCAUUCAACGAGUCAGCCUAUCACAGCCGGCAGAUGCAGGUGGGCGUGGCUAGAGGUCGAUGUGCUCUGCAGAGCGGUUUCUUCGACAAGUCCUUCAAACGGAUUUUUGAACGUGAAGCAUUAAGUGACCCUCUGAGACUGGCCCGACAGAACCGCAUCCAGCAGGCCAAGAAGAACCUGGGCAAGGCCUUCCUUCCCUGCAACAGUGUCAAGAAGCCCGGUGGCUUAGGUAGUUACUAUGGGACUCUAUCAGGGCCAGUUGAAGCUAUGAGUCCUCUGUCAGUCGCCCAGAAAGCCCAUCGCUCCCCUGGACGCAACAUCGUCACCUCACCUCCCAAGAAAGGCAGCGGUUACAGCUAUCCCAAUGUAACACUGUCCAAAACUGAGCUGUAUGCCUCAGACCCCUACGAUGGAGCCAAAGACGUACUGAAGAAGGAGGCAGCGAUGCAUCGUUCCAAGAUAAGAUAUGGUCCCUUCAAGCUGAACCUUCACCCCAGAGAUUAUUUCCAAGGCAAUCCAUACCACAGCGACAAGCCUCUCUCUCCAGCAUAUAAGCCCCUCCCACCAGCACAGAAAGUCCCUCCCCUUCCCUUCAAGCCCCCCUCCCCAAGUAAACGGAUUGGAGGAAUGAAAGCGGGGACGUUCGACACUUAUCCCUCACAUUCUGCUGAUCCGUUCAUCAUUCGCCAUCCCAAACGGACCAAUCAAGAACCUGUCUUUCGCCCAGCUCCUGGUCCUAAGACCACACCUGUCAAGAGUAUCAUCUCCAUCAAUGUUAAAAGGAGCGUGCACUCUGCUAACUAUACUUCAGCCAUCCCAGCUGUGAUGACAUUCUGAACAUUACCCAUACUGCUCCAUCACAAGCAGGUUUAAAGGUUUAAAACAUGAACCUUUACUGUUUCUUUUUCCUUGUUUAUUAUACAAAUACAGUUAUUAUUGUCUUCAGUUUAAGAUGCAAGCAAUAAGAUGCUUGUGUCUUUACGGAAAGGAGAGGCACAGCAUGUCUAUCUGAGAUGUUAGUGAUGAAGAAAACCCACUGAUCAGUACAGCAAUAAUGAGAAUGACAUAGAGAAAUACCUUUUUAAAUGGGAAUGUUCACAGUGCAGGUUGUCUCCUCUCAUUUCUGCCAAAUUCAAAUAAUAAGUUUAACAGCUUCAGUAACCAGUAAAAUUAUGGAUCAGUAUAUGGAUUUUGACAAUAACACAGAAUUAUCUUUUAAAUGAAGAUGGCUCACAGUGUGUCAUGUCUCAUCUCGUUGUGUCUUGUCUCCUCUCUGUAAAAAUGACAGAGAAAGGACAAAAUAAAAAACAGUUAAGUAACAACUUCAGCACCCAGAGGAAAUAUUGAUCAUUAUAGAAAAUUUGAUAAUGCAUGAAAUGAAUCACUACUCAUCUGUUUAAAGGAUAGGGUUCACGGUUUAUCAUGUCCCUUACUGUCCCCUCUCUCUAAAAGAUUCAAUUCAAUUCAAUUCAAUUUUAUUUCUAUAGCACCUUCCACAAUCAAAAUUGUCUCAAAGCGCUUUACAGAGACCUAGAGCCUGAUGCCAGAGCAAGCACC